AUGAGGAUGUGCGCCCCUGUCGGGGGGCUGCUUGCUGCCCUCGCCAUGCUGUUUGGGAUGGCGAUGGCGUUUGCACCCAAACCCAGGAUCACCUGGGAGCGCAGAGAGGUGCACCUGGAGAAGUUUCACGAGCCAGGCAUCUUCAACUACUCGGUGUUGCUGCUCAGCGAGGACAAGACCACCCUGUACGUGGGUGCCCGGGAAGCCGUGUUUGCCCUGAGUGCCCACAACAUCUCCGUGAAGCAGCACGAGGCAUACUGGAGAGUUUCAGAAGAUAAAAAAGCAAAAUGUGCCGAAAAGGGGAAGUCAAGACAGACUGAAUGUCUCAACUACAUCCGCGUGCUGCAGCCGCUCAGCGCCCGCGCCCUGUACGUGUGCGGCACCAACGCGUUCCAGCCGGCCUGUGACCACCUGAACUUAACAUCCUUUAAAUUCCUGGGGAGAAAUGAGGAUGGCAAGGGCAGGUGCCCCUUUGACCCAGCACAGAGCUACACAUCCGUCAUGGUUGAUGGGGAGCUGUAUUCCGGGACAUCCUACAACUUUCUGGGAAGCGAGCCCAUCAUCUCCCGAAACUCGUCGCACAGCCCUCUGAGGACGGAGUAUGCGAUACCGUGGCUCAACGAGCCAAGCUUCGUCUUCGCUGACGUGAUGCGAGAGCGCCCAGACGGCGUGGACAGCGGGGGUGACCGCGUCUACUUCUUCUUCACCGAGGUGUCUGUGGAGUACGAGUUUGUCUUCAAGCUGAUGAUCCCGCGGGUGGCGCGGGUGUGCAAGGGGGACCAGGGCGGCCUGCGGACCUUGCAGAAGAAGUGGACAUCCUUCCUGAAGGCCAGGCUGAUCUGCUCGCGGCCGGACAGCAACCUCGUCUUCAACGUGCUGCAGGACGUCUUCGUGCUCAGGGCCCAGGGCCUGAAGGAGCCCGUGAUCUACGGGGUCUUCACCCCACAGCUGAACAACGUGGGGCUGUCCGCCGUGUGCGCCUACAACCUGUCCACCGCGGAGGCGGUCUUCUCCCAUGGGAAGUACAUGCAGAGCACGACGGUGGAGCAGUCCCACACCAAGUGGGUGCGCUACAACGGGGCCGUGCCCACGCCGCGGCCCGGGGCGUGCAUCAACCGCGAGGCGCGGGCCGCCAACUUCUCCAGCUCCCUCAGUCUACCAGACAAGACCCUGCAGUUUGUCAAAGACCACCCUCUGAUGGACAGCUCCGUGACCCCGAUAGACAACAGGCCCAGGCUCAUCCGAAGUGAUGUGAACUACACGCAGAUUGUGGUGGACAGGAUGCAGGCCCUGGACGGGACCGUCUACGACGUCAUGUUUGUCGGCACAGACCGGGGCACCCUGCAUAAAGCGGUCAGCCUGGAGAAUGAGGCCCACAUCAUCGAGGAGACGCGGCUCUUCGAGGACCCCGAGCCGGUGCAGACGCUGCUGCUGAAUUCCGGGCAGGGCAGAAGAUUUGUCUACGCGGGCUCCAGCUCGGGCGUGGUGCAGGCCCCUGUGGCCUUCUGCGAGAAGCAUGCCACCUGCAAGGACUGCGUGCUGGCCCGAGACCCCUACUGCGCCUGGAACCGGGCCACCGAGGCCUGUGUGGCCCUGCAGCCGACAGACGGCCCCAGCAGGGAUCUGAUUCAGCGCAUGAGCGGCAACACGUCCGCCUGCCCAGAUGAAACUAAAAGUUUCCGGCAGCAUUUUUUCAAGCAUGGCGGCACGGCAGAACUGAAAUGCUCCCAAAAGUCCAACCUGGCCCGGGUGGUGUGGACGUUCCAGAACAACGAGCUCCAGCCCGAGGGCCCCAAGUACAGGCUGGUGGGCAGGAAGAACUUGCUCAUCUCCAACCUGUCGGAGGGAGACAGUGGGGUGUACCAAUGCCUGUCGGAGGAGAGGGUCGGGAACAGGACAGCCCUGCAGGUGGUGGCCAAGCACGUUCUGGAGAUCAGAGUGCUCCCGAGGACCCCGGCGGCCUCCACGCUGCCAGCCGCCCGGGCCGAAGGGGACGGGACCCUCCUCAGAGUGUUGACGGAGCCCACCCCAGGCCCCCCGGCCCAGACCCCGGCCCCGCCGCCGCCCAGCCCCGCGCCCACCGGCGUGUCGUGCAGACCCAAGACCAUCAUCAACACGGUCCCCCAGGUGCACUCGGAGAAGACCAUGUAUCUCAAGUCCAGUGACAACCGCCUGCUCAUGUUCCUGUUCCUGCUCUUCUUCAUGCUCUGCCUCUGCCUCAUUUCCUACAACUGCUACAAGGGCUACCUGCCUGGCCAGUGUCUGAAGUUCCGCUCGGCGGUGCUGCUGGGGAAGAAGCAGCCCACGGCCGACUUCUCCGAGUUCGAGCAGAGUGUGAAGGAGACGCUGGUGGAGCAGGGCAGCUUCUCCCAGCAGAACGGGGGGCAGCCCAGGCCGGCCCUGGACACCGGCUACGAGACGGAGCAGGACACCAUGGCCAGCAGGGUGCCCACCGACAGGGAGGACUCACAGCGGCUCGAUGACCUCCCGGCCCGGGACAGGCCCUUCGACGUCAAGUGCGAGCUCAAGUACGCCGACUCGGACGCGGACGUGGACGCGGACUGAGGCGCCCGCGCGGAGGGCUCCGUUCACCAUCGGUCACCCGGCCUGCGGCCACGUGGGGAACCCGUGUCUGUACACCUGUCUUCUGUGUCUUUUCUCUCGGGUCGAGCUUGUGAUUUGGUUUCUCUUUGUCCUUUCGGAAAGCGGCGAGCAGCACGUCCCAGCC